GUCUUGGGUUCCGCCUUAGGCAUGUUUGAUGUGUUUACAGGGAGUCGUCUUGGUUGCCUGUUAGCUAUCGUUCGGGAAGGAGCUGUGAGGAGCGGGAAAAGAGAGGCAAGGAAGGUGUGCGUCAGUCGGCAAAGGAUACCAAGACAGUGACAAUGAAAUGAGAAGCGAUGGAGAGGAUCAAUUGAGUCAAGGAAAUGUGCAGGCAAAGGGAGGUGAGGUGCCGUGUGGCAGCGUCCGCAGGCGCGGUCGCGAAACACCAAGCUGAAUCGCGAACGACGUGCAAAUGUGGCGAGAUGGACGGGUAAGGACCUACAAAUAAACAGGAAGCAGUAAGGAAAUGGAAUUGAAAGCUGGUUCUGCGAGUAGGGUUAGUAUGGGCGUGCUAUGAGAGUACCGACUUGGAAAAGAACAUGAAAACAAGACGCGACGACGCGCUGAAGAGGAUGAGAUCAGAGGCAGAAUCCAUGACGAAGCACAGAAUACAGCAGGAAAGGCUGAGAAAAAAGGGUAUGGCCGGGUAUGGGAAGUUGGGUGCAGAAGGCGACUGUAGUAGAGCAAGCGAGAAAACAUACCAGAGGCUGGCUCAGGCGUGUAGCAGCAGUAGGAGUAGCAGUAGUGAGGUUGGCUGUAGUGUGCAGUAUGAGAGACUGUGGGAGAGAGGAGCAGCGCAGCGCCCUCUCAUACAAAAUGGCGGGCACCGCUCUGACCCUAUCAGCGGGCACGUGACCCGCGCCUGCCCUUUGUUGCAACUUGCGCCGGCCCCAAACAGCGCAGCCCCAAGGAGCCCCUCCCCUCCCCUCCAUGGCUCCCAUCUCACCCAUGGACGCUUUCAUGAUUCGGAGAGGGCGGCCACACACGCGACUUUGUUGGCCAAUAAUUGCGCUCUGCAUUUCUGCUUCUUCUUCGUCUUCUCCUCAUCUCUGCGUGCGCCUGCACUGCUGCACCGCCUACAAUGUACGCCGGUUGCUGUGGUACUUUCCUUUCUCCUUGAUAUCGCGCCUCGCAGCAACCUCCCCCCCCGGCGCUACAAGCUGCACCCACCACACGCUGCCUUGUUGGGCGCAGCGAGCACCGGAAGGCCUCCCCUUAUUGCGCGACGCACGCACACACAGACACACAUUCCAGCAGCCGGUUUCAUGGGGCCAGGCACUGUUGUUAUAUUAUCUAUUGCAGCGCGAGGGGCACCGUGCCGUCUCUCGCGCUGGUCUACCGUCUGACGAGUCUCUGCCGGCACCGCUCCCACUGCUCCGAGAGCUCCGCAAACCGCGGCUGGCUGGCUGAAAAAGGAGAGCUCCAGGCCAGACCAGUGAGACGACCCUCGACGGCGCAUCAGUACAAGUGCAGCGCUGCGGCCAUCAUUGGUGAUACACAC